UGGUAUUUAUUUUUUCAAUUUUAAUUAUUUGAAGUAAAUAUGAUUCACGAACUGUUGCUCGCGCUAAGCGGAUACCCCGGAACCAUCUUCACAUGGAACAAACGGACAGGUUUGCAGGUGUCCCAGGACCUCCCCUUCCUUCACCCCAGUGAGACAAGUGUCCUGAACCGGUUGUGUAAACUCGGCUCAGAUUACAUUCGCUUCACAGAGUUCACAGAGCAGCACACUGGUCACGUCCAUCAUCAAGAACAUCACACAAACCAGCCUAGCCAGACAGGUCUUCAUGGAAUUUACCUACGGGCCUUUUGCACCGGACUGGACUCCAUGUUGCAGCCGUACAGACAGGCCCUUCUGGACUUGGAACAGGAAUUCCUUGGAGAUCCGCAUCUGACGAUAUCCCAUGUGAAUUACAAGCUCGAUCAGUUUCAGCUGCUGUUUCCCUCUGUUAUCGUGGUGGUGGAGACCAUAAAAUCCCAGAAGAUUCAUGGCUGUCAGAUCCUGGAGACUGUGUACAAGCACAGCUGUGGGGGGCUUCCUCCGGUACGCAUGGCUUUAGAAAAGAUUCUGGCUGUGUGUCACGGCGUGAUGUACAAGCAGCUUGCAGCUUGGAUGCUGCAUGGGCUGCUGCUGGAUCAAAGCGAGGAGUUUUUCAUAAAGCAGGGCCCCAGUGCAGGUGGUGCUGUUGCAAACCAGGAUGAGGAGGAGGAAGAUCUGGGAUUGGGAGGUUUGAGUGGAAAACAGCUCAGAGAGUUGCAGGACCUGAGGCUGAUUGAGGAGGAGAACAUGCUGGCUCCAUCCCUUCAGCAGUUUUCUCUGAGAACGGAGAUGCUGCCAUCUUACAUCCCCAUCAGAGUGGCUGAGAAGAUCCUGUUUGUGGGCGAGUCCGUUCAGAUGUUUGAAAACCACAACCACAGCCCAUCCAUAGCUGGCUCCAUCUUAAAGCACCAGGAAGACGCGUUUGCUGCUGAGCUGCACAGACUCAAACAGCAGCCACUGUUCAGUUUGGUGGACUUUGAAAAUUUGAUUGAUGGGAUCCGAAGCACGGUGGCAGAGCAUCUGUGGACGCUGAUGGUGGAGGAGGCGGAUCUGCUUGAACAGCUUAAGAUUAUCAAGGACUUCUACUUGUUGGGUCGCGGGGAGCUCUAUCAGGUUUUUAUUGACCUCGCUCAGCACAUGCUAAAGGCGCCUCCGACCGCAGUCACUGAGCACGAUGUUAACGUGGCCUUCCAGCAGGCAGCUCACAAGGUUCUUCUGGAUGAUGACAACCUGCUGCCCCUUCUGCACCUCACUGUGGACUAUCAGGGCAAAGACGGAAAAGACCCAUCAGGCCCCAGAGAAGGAGCCACCCCUCCUCAGGAUGCGUCUCCUCGUGAGGUUCCUCCCACAGGCUGGGCGGCUCUUGGCCUCGCCUACAAAGUCCAGUGGCCGCUUCACAUCCUCUUCACUCCUGCUGUCCUGGAGAAGUAUAAUGUGGUGUUCAGGUACCUGCUCAGCGUGCGGCGGGUGCAGUCACAGCUGCAGCACUGCUGGGCUCUUCAAAUGCAGAGGAAGCACCUGAAGUCCAGCCAGUCAGAUGCAGUCAAGUGGAGGCUCCGUAACCACAUGGCAUUCUUAAUCGACAACCUGCAGUACUACUUACAGGUGGACGUCCUGGAGUCUCAGUUCACUCAGCUGCUUCAACAGAUCAACUCAACCAGAGACUUUGAGAGCAUCCGACUGGCCCACGAUCAUUUUCUUAGCAACCUGCUCGCUCAGUCCUUCAUCCUCCUGAAGCCGGUGUUCCACUGUCUGAAUGAAAUCCUGGAGUUGUGUCAGAGCUUCUGCUCUCUGGUAGGUCAGAGUGUGGCCUCACAGGACGAGAGAGGAAUGGCCCAGCAGCUUGACCUGCUGGUGAAGGGGUUCCGGCGGCAGUCCUCCCUGCUGUUCAAAAUCCUUUCCACUGUGAGGAACCAUCAGAUCAACUCUGAUCUGGCUCAGCUGUUGCUGCGUCUAGACUACAACAAGUUUUACACACAAGCUGGUGGCACUUUGGGCGGGAUUUAAGAGGAUUUCUACUGGAACUGGACUGAAGCUCCUUAAAAAACAAAAAUGCAGGUCUGCUGCGUGUAUCUUCAAAUAUGAAGAGACGGUCAAUUUAUUCAAGAAAACAGUCUCUAUUAUGAUAUAUUUUAUAACUUAAAGUACAGUCGGUGUUGCACGUUACUGUAUCAAAAAUGAAAGAAAGGAAAACCAGGAAUCCGUAAUGUAGAGCCCCACAGGAGGGUUUUCUAGUGUUGGGUUUCUUUUAUGUCCCUAUUCUUGAGCAAACUUCAUUUCAAUCAAAGGCUCAUUAACAGACCCUUACCAAAGUAAUUCAGUCAUAAUUCUACACUUGUUUCAAAAAUUGCAUUAAAUACUUUAAAUAGAUUUAUAAUUAAAUGUGCUAAAAUGCAUCAAACAUUUGAAUGAGUUAUAAACUGUUUAACUUUAGGGGUGAAGCCAGUAUUGAUCCUUGAUACCUGCAGCCCUUAGCAAGAUGGAGUACAUCAUUCAGGAAUAAAGUUUAGUCCUGUGGCAGCAGAUGCAUCUUUAAAAGCUGCAGGAUAAAGUUCCCACCUGUAUUUAGAUGUUUGCCUUCUCCUACCAGCUGUUUAACAAGGAGUUUGUUUUUUGACUAAACUGUUUGUACACACAUGAAAAUACAUUUGAAUUCUUUUUGUGCAGCUAUGUAUUUGCAAGCCCCCUAUGAAGAUUGUGACUCACUUGGUUUUACUUCAUGUAUAAAAUGUAA